UAGUUCCUACGUGUUGGGGGGAAAAGCGCGUUCAACACAAGAUGAAAAGAAAACGGUCUAAACUUCGCCAAAUCUAAAAGUGGCGUUAUGUUUGUUACUUUUAAACAAAACGUGUCACAAGUGUGAUGUAUGACUGUUUUUUACACCUCAAAAUCGACGUGCUUUGAAAUACCGGGGGAUGAUUUAGUUUCACUUUUGUUAGCUAGUAAAUCAGGAACUAAAGAGAAAUUGCUUUAAGAAGUGCUGAUAGAGGAGCUACAGUUCCGCAGAUGUGAUGAUAAACACAGGGAUGGAGAGUGUAAGUGACGAGAGCGCGCUUCACCACUCCACCACCCUCACUAACAAACAGCGCGGGAACGAGCUCACUGUCCCACCCGCCACUCUGGACAAUUUGUCCAUUCAUCAACUGGCCGCUCAUGGGGAAAUCUCAAAAGUAAAGACACAUCUUGCCAGUGACAGUGCCCUAUUGAACAGUCAGGAUGAACGGGGAUUCACGCCUCUUAUGUGGGCAGCAGCAUUUGGAGAGAUUGAAAUGGUCCAGUUUCUACUAGAGAAGGGUGCUGAUCCGAAAACCUUCGCACGGGAGCGAGAGAGUGCUUUAUCCUUAGCCAGUGCUGGGGGAUACGCAGACAUCGUUGAGAUGCUUUUAACGCAUGACCUUGAUGUUGAUUCCUAUGAUUGGAAUGGAGGAACUCCUCUUCUUUAUGCAGUUCGUGGCAAUCAUAUAAAAUGUGUGCAAGCUCUGUUAAGACACGGAGCUGAUAUUACAUUUGAAGCAGACUCCGGAUACAGUCCAGUGGCGCUCGCCAUUGCUCUCGGUUACAAAAAAAUGCAAAAGCUGCUUGAGGAUCACAUACUGCACCUGCUUCGAUGAUCAUACAUGACUACAUUUAAGAAUCACAAUUUUCUUUUUGAACGCAACGCUUUGUGUACCUUUGUAAUAAAAUGUCAAUAUAAA